CCUUCGACUGGUGCUUCGUUGGGCGCGUAAAAACCACCAGAUUCGUGUCAGCGCUUAUUUAGACGAUUUAUUGAUCGUUGCUCGCGACUAGUCAACCUGUCUCCAGCAUACUCAAAUGGUGCUGCGCAAGCUGUCGUCUCUGGGUUGGAUCGUGAACCAACAAACAUCAUGUCUGGUGCGUCAACAAUCUAUCGAUCAUCUGGGCUUCCGCAUCAACACCAGCGAUAUGUCAUUAACGGAACCAGCUUCAAAGAUUCGCGAUUUGCGCUGGGAAGCCAACCGUCUCAUUCAUCGUCGUCAUUGCACCAUCUGACAACUAGCAGCAUUCAUCGGCAAGGCACAGGCCCUAAUGAUGGCAGUUUUUCUGGCACGACUGAAAACAUGCUAUCUACUCGCCCUGAAGAAUCAGCAACUCCAGCAAACGCAACAAUGGACGUCGACGAUAACGAUCAGUACACCAGCACUCGACGAGCUUCGAUGGUGGCGCGAUCGCCUACACCAGUGGAAUGGUGUCAGCUUCCUACCAGUCACCCCACAGCACAAGACCUUCACCGAUGCAUCUGACGAGGGCUGGGGGAUAGUCAGCAACCAACGAUCUUUUUUUGGCGCAGCAGCCUCUCAAGAACACAUCAAUUGGAAAGAACUAAUGGUGAUAUAGAAGACCGUACAUCUGCGA